UACCAAGACCGAAAAUACACACAUAUUAUCCCCAUUAGGAAUACGUGAGGUUUCCCGUGAGUGGACUAAGGAGGCUUGGUUGAGGAAGGCCACUAAACUUCCCGGAUCGUGCUUCUGAGGUAUCGUCCGGUUAAAGAUCGUUCUACAGAUUCCGCAUCAAGCUCACGACGAUCUACCAUCAUGAAUCUAGGUAUUUAGAUCUAUUCGCCUUUGAUAAUCUGACAAGAUGUAUUCUGGGGAAUUACAUAGGCUAAACUUUAAUUCUAACAAGUGGUAUCAGAGCCAUUCAUCUUUGUUUGAUUAUUGAGGUUUUGGGUGUACUGGUUCUAUAUUUCUACCUUGUGAUUCAUUUGGCAUGCUUUUGUUCUAUACAUGGUAUUUUGUUUUAUUUACUACUCGUGUAAUUUCUUGUUCAUAUAAAUUAAAUUAUAUGAAUUAUGAGUCGAAAGGGAUUUUUCGGUUUCAUUUUUUUCAUCUGUUGCAUCCCAAAUAAAAGUGCAUUCGCUGUUAUGGUAAAGGAUUUCAUGAUGAACCGCAUCAAUCAUGUGCUUUUUUUUGUUUUAGUGUAAUUUUUCCCCGUAGCUGAUAACAAGGGGUCUAUUCUUGUUAGAUCCACCAAGAAUGGAAAAUUAUGGUAUUGGCAUAUCUUGUGAGUGAAAACUUAAAAGGAUCCAUUCUCUUCCGAUAUUUUAAAUUGAUUUGAUUCUUUACGUUAUGUUGCCAAAGUAACCUCUAGUGUGAAAAUUGAUCAAAUUAAAUUACUUGGAUGUAUAGUGUGUGGUUGUUUAUGCGGAUAGUGUUCGGCCCAAAGGUAGAUACUAUUUGGCUAAAUGAUGAUGCACCUUAAUGAUAAAUACGUGAUGAUUGUAAAGUUUAUUUUCAUGUGAAUGAUAGUUGGUCCAAAGAUAAACUAUUAUUUGACAGAACUCAUUAUCAGUAUUUGAUCAUUUUAGUAAGAGUACCGCUUGCAGUUAAUUUCUCUGUCCAAAGACUAAGAGUUAAUGUUGCAUUUGGUAUCUUAAGAUGGGUUUCAGAAAUAAAACUUAAAUGUCUGAAUUUUUCUUCUCAUGUAUUUUGUUUGACAUGAGUGCAUGUUUUCUUGUUUCUUUACAGUGUCUUUAGCUUCUGCUUCCAAUGUUUCUGCUCAAAUUAGCAAUAUUCCACUAUUGAAUGGGACAAACUUUAAGAUCUGGAAAGAAACCGUAGAAAUUGUUCUCGGUUGUAUGGAUUUGGAUCUUGCACUACGGUUGGAGCGUCCUGUUUCUACUCCGGAUAACCUUAACGAGGUUAAAAUAGAAAAGUGGGAUCGCUCUAAUCGUAUGUGUAUGAUGAUCAUGAAGCGCUCUAUUCCAGAAGCGUUUCGGGGCUCUAUGACUGAGAAUGAGAGCGCUAAGGGGUUCCUUGAGGAAAUUGAGCAAUACUUUGCCAAGAAUGAAAAAUCAGAGGCGAGUAAUCUUCUGUCUAAGCUCGUUUCCAUGAAGUAUAAAGGCAAGGGGAACAUAAGGGAGUACAUUAUGGAGAUGUCUAAUCUCGCAUCAAAACUCAAGUCGCUAAAGUUAGAGUUGUCUGAAGAUUUGCUCGUACACUUGGUUUUGAUCUCUCUCCCUGUACACUUUGGGCAAUUCAAAGUGAGCUAUAACACUCAGAAAGACAAGUGGUCUCUCAAUGAGCUUAUAUCUCACUGUGUGCAAGAGGAAGAGAGGCAAGCGCGGGAUAGGACUGAGAGUGCUCACUUAGCAUCAAGUUCUCAAAACAAAAUCAAGAAGAGAGCUAGGGAUGUUGCAUAAAAGUCUUCUCAGCAAAAGAAACCAAAGAUGCAAACUGAAGGGUUUCCUUGCUACUUCUGUUAGAAGACUGGGCACAUGAAGAAGGAGUGUCCCAAGUAUGCCAUUUGGCGUGAAAAGAAGGGUGAGCUUCUUACUUUAGUUUGUUCUGAAGUUAAUUUAGCUUUUGUGCCUAUGGAUACUUGGUGGGUGGAUUCUGGUGCUACCACUCACAUAAGUGUAUCUUUUCAGGGCUGUCUGUGGAGCCGGCCACCAAGUAAGAACGAAAAGUUCAUCUAUGUGGGGGACGGCAAUAAAGUUGCAGUGGAGGCUAUCAGAACUUUUAGAUUACAAUUAAAGACUGGAUGUCAUUUGGAUUUGUUUGAGACUUUUGUGGUGCCGUCAUUUAGACGGAAUUUAAUUUCGGUUCCAUGUUUGGACAAAUCAGGUUAUUCUUGUUCAUUUGGAGAUAAUAAAUUUAGUCUCUCACAAAAUUCAAUUUUGAUUGGUACCGGUCCAUUGAUUGAUAAUCUAUACAUGCUUGAUGUGAUUAGUUCCCAUAAUGAAAUCCUCCAAACAAGUUCACGAGGUACAAAGCGAAAAUUUAAUGAGAAUUCUGCUACUUUAUGGCACAAGCGCUUAGAGGCUUGUGUCUGAUGGAAUUCUUGAACCCUUAGAUUUAGCAGAUUUUUAAGUCUGCAUUGAGUGCAUUAAGGGUAAGAGAACAAACAUUAAGAAAUUGGGUGCCAAUAGAGCUCAAGACGUCUUAGAACUCAUUCAUACUGAUAUAUGUGGUCCAUUCCCUACAGCAUCUUGGAACGGUCACAAAUAUUUUAUCACGUUCAUAGACGAUUACUCUAGAUUGGUUACCUCUUUCUGAUAAAUGAGAAGUCACAAUCCUUGGAUGUUUUCAAGUCUUUUAAGGCUGAAGUUGAACUUCAACUUGGAAAGAAAAUUAAGGCUGUCAGAUCGGACCGUGGUGGAGAAUACUAUGGUCGAUAUGAUGGAUCCGGAGAACAACGUCCAGGACCCUUCGCGCUUUACCUCAAAGAGUGUGGGAUUGUGCCUCAAUACACCAUGCCAGGAACA